AUGCCUGGUGAGCCCGACAUGCACUCGCUUAGCACAGACUCUGAUGAAAGCAAUGACCACGGAAACAUCUACUACGAGCCGUACGACGAGAAGCUUGUUGAGUGGUUUGUGGAUCUGCUGAAGACACAUCAGAUGCUGAAGGAAGCACGCCAAGUUAUACUGGACAGGCACUUUGGGGAGCUGGGUAUUUCAGCGAACUUGGAGGAGCAGGAGAAGCUUCUUCUAAUACACGAGUACAUAAACAAGGAGCUGGUCUAUCCGCCUGUGUUUUUAGGGUCCACUCUUGGGUUCAACAAAAACAACUGGAACAAGAACAUUGAAAGGAUGCUGGAGCCGUAUGGCAUUCGGCAGAAGCCUGUUUUCUGUACAAAAGACACUUGCUAUCUCUUUGAAAGAAUGAAGUAUCUCAUGCUUAAGUAUAUGGAGAAGAUCCGAAAAUAG